GAUCAAGAAGUGCAUCCGUUUUGUUGCCAUUUCACAAUCAGGAGCAAGACGAUCCGUAUCUUAGUGUACCUACUUUCAUAAAAUUCUCCGAUAAACGACAAUAGUCGUUGGCCGUAGCGAUGAUUUUGGCUGGCUAUCUCACGAAGAGGAAUUAUUUCUACGAUUUUGAGCAGAUGUCAGCUCACUCUAUUCCCCUGUAUCUUUCAUAAACCAGCGAUCUUCUAACUGGGUAGAUGACUUUUUACGGUGUAGAAGAGUACUCAUCUCUCUUGGCGACAAAACAACCAUCGACAUUUCCCAAAUCACAUUUUCAUCGCUUGUGUCACUUCCAGAACAAGUUUUAGCUCCUCUUUUACUCCUGACCCUGAGUGAAUUUAUCGAUCUAUCCCCGCGACACCUUUGCCUAGUACUAUACUAUCCCACCGCGAAACUAAAGACCUGCGACUGGCAUCAAAAUGCAUUCCGGUCAAUACGACAAAGAUUGCACCACCUGGUCCCCGCAGGGCGACAUUCCGCAAAUCCGGCACGCAUGCGCGGCAGUGACAAACGGAACCGUUAUUGUCGGAUUGUGCAGCAACAAAUACGGCCUGCUUGCGGGCUUCAAAAAGAAGCAGCAGUCCGAGUUUUCUUCCUACGAUGAGAAACUCUUCAAGAUCGACGACCAUUGCGGCAUCGCGAUCGCCGGGCUGACGGCCGACGCAAGAGUCUUGGCGGAUUACAUGCGGUACUGUUGCUGUUGCAUCUGCUACUCCCUGUCCGCGUGAUCUUUUGCUCAAAAGAAACACUUUUAUUGAAACUACAGCUACGACAUUAUGCUGCUUCACGCUGAGAUCUGUAAGGAGUACUAAUGAGAAUAGAGACCUGCAUCUGUGGUCGAAGCAACCUACACCUAGAAUUAUUCAUAUCUUCAGAUCGGAAUGCUUGGAGCACAAAUACGUCUACGAUGGGCCGAUGAACGUGGGGAGGUUGGUUUCUCAGAUCGGGGACAAGGCACAAAUGAAAACGCUACAAGCCGGCAAGAGGCCAUACGGUGUGGGGCUUCUCAUCCAGGGAUACCAGGAGGACUUGAAAAAGGUACAGUUGGUGGUGGAACUAUCGAUUUAUUUUCCAACUUUUACUUCUGUGAAGUAGUCAUACUGAUACACUGCUGUAGGAUCCGUGGCUUGCCGCCCUCGCAAAACAGUAUACAGAUCCUGUUUUCCAUUCAUGUUGUUCUGCGGAAGAUGUAGGGGGUGUGCAAGAGUGUAUACUUAUGAUGGUGCAUGUCCUUGUACUUCUUGUUAGCGUGACGGAAGUGAAUCUGCAUUUGAUGAAAAUCACCUCGCAACAGGCGGCCAUCUACGAGACCUCCCCCUCUGGCGAUUUCUACGAGUACAAGGCUAUGGCGAUUGGCGGGCGGGCACAGCCCGCAAAAACGUACUUGGAGAAGCAUUUUGAGACCUUUCCCGAGGAGUCUCUGGAGAAACUGAUCGGGCACGCGGUAAAGGCCAUCCACGUAACGAUCGAGCAAGACACCGAAAUGACGACCAAGAACAUCGACGUGUCCAUCGUGGGCCCUGGUAUGGGCUGGAAACUUCUUUCCGAAGCAGAGCUGCAACCGUACGUAACGAAGUGCAACGACGGAGCUGCGCCGGCUGCCGCCGCGGGCGGCGACGCCAUGGACACGAGCGGGUAGAUGAAAAAGAACAGCACGUUUAAACAAGCACAAGCAGGAGGAGCUGGAGAUGUUGACUGUAAAGCGCCACACAAGAAUCGCUCCUCUUCUGCCUCCCGCUUUGCUACGCUGAGAAUGAUUUUUUCAAAACGAGAAAAAUCGGGUGCUCCUCUCUCCUCGUCCACUGAGCAUGUUGUAGCACUACGAACAUCCUUGAUGUUUUACGGAACGCAGUGCUGGUUUGAUCUCUGGCUAGAAGCAGGGCAAUAUGUUGACGAACCCAGGGCGGCAAUCGCUAGUGAGUAGUAUGAAGAAGAUCACAGUCACGACGCGGCUUAGUCGAUGAAGG